CUUAUGUGUUUCGUUCAUGUACGAUGUUGUUCCCAAUCCCAUUGACUCGUGAUAAAAGUGUGGCAACUACUCGCUGCUCCGAUAAAGCGACUGGGCACUCUUUGAAUGGCCUCUAGCGCCUCCGCUUUGUUUUCCCCUUCUACGCGAAUCCUAAAUUCACCCUCGUCCCCUUCGCCUUCCCUCUUCUCGCCCCAGUGUUCGCAGAAAUUCCUCUCCCGCGCUCUUACCUAUAAAGGGGUUUUUCUGAUUAGCGCGAAUCCCAAGAGAUUUCACCCCCAAGUGAAGGCGUCGAUGGCGGAGACUGCAAAGUCGGUGAACAAGGUGGAAGUCUUCGAAACGGAUGAACUGGCCGUGCCUUUGGCCGAUUACGUCGCCGAUCUGUCUGCUAAGUUCACUAAAGAGCGAGGAGCUUUUACCGUCGCUUUGUCUGGUGGGUCGUUAAUUCAUCAUCUCAGGAAACUGGUGGAACCGCCCCAUGUUGAUGCUAUUGAAUGGUCUAAGUGGCAUGUGUUUUGGGUGGAUGAGAGGGUAGUGCCCAAGACUCACGAAGAUAGUAACUACAAGCUUGCAUACGAUGGAUUUCUCUCCAAGGUUCCAAUUCCUACUGGCAAUGUAUAUGCCAUCAACGAUGCCUUGUCAGCUGAGGGAGCAGCUGAUGAUUACGAAACAUGUGUCAGGCACAUGGUCGAGAACAAUGUGAUAGCAGUAUCAUCAGUCAGCGGACUUCCUAAAUUUGAUCUGAUCUUGCUUGGUAUGGGCCCUGAUGGGCAUGUGGCUUCUCUGUUCCCAGGACAUCCUCUCAUGAAAGAGACUGACAAAUGGGUUGCCUUCAUCAAGGACUCGCCGAAACCACCACCGGAGAGAAUAUCUUUUACCUUUCCGGUCAUUAAUUCUUCAGCUUACACUGCAAUUGUGGCGACCGGUGCUGGAAAAGCAGAUGCGGUUCACUCUGCGCUUGGAGCUACUGAGAAUGUUGAUAAGUUGCCUGUUGCAUUGGUAUCACCUGAGGAGGAGUUAAAAUGGUUCUUAGACAAAGGAGCAGCUUCAAAGCUGUAGAUCCCGCAACUAAGCAAUGGAUCUAUGUGUUGUGCUUGUGUAUUUGUGGUUGUAAUUUAAUUUUGAUGUGAGAGCGGAGGUACUGCUGAAGUUUUUCUGUCUCAGCGACAGAUAACCGGUGGAAAGGAUUUAUACUUGUAGCAAUAAAAGGACAAGUGAACCGAGGGUUUCAUUUCAAGCAUAUUAUUGUGAAGAAACCUCGCCGUUUUUAUUAUUCA